CGAUUACUACAAUGUACUGUAAAGCGACGUGUGUGCUGGAUUUUUCGAGAGGUGCAGAACGCUCUAAGCCAGUCUCGAAGUCAAUCCGUUGGAUACACUGAGUGGUGGAUAUAGCUUUGGAAGGGAAGGGUACCGGAUCAAUGUUAAUUCUAGGCGCAGGCGUUAAGCUUAAUACUCUGUGGUUGACAGGCACUGCCUGGAAAGGCUACAUGACUGCGUACGCGUAACCACGACUCUCCUCCAACCAGCACAGACGAACGCAGACCAUGUCUUCCGGAACAUUGGGGUGCCUCAUCACACCUAAUCCAGACAUUGCCGGGAUCGGCGUUCGCGUCUCGAUCUACAUUCAGGCCCUUUUGAGCUUGGUCCACCCAGCUAUAUCUGCCUGGAACGGUGAACUCGACUUGAAAGACAUCGAAUCUUUGCGAGCACUCUAUCAAGGUACUCUAAUCACUGCAUGUGCACUCCUCUUCUCUGCAUUCAUUCAGGCCAAAAGCACUUUUGGUUUGUCCGUGUAUCACGCCUUAAUUGUUCUCAACCUGAGCUGGCUGAACAACGCCAACGCGAUCAUAUACACGUUGUACAUCCUCUUGUGGUGGAUAGUGGAGUUUUUCAAACUUGAGGAGGCUACAGAAUCAAGUACAGGAGAUGACGACAGCUAUACAACCUCGGAACAAGACGGCGCAAUAUCCGAGUCGCAACGCGAAAUCCUCACUUUCAGGCUCCAUCCAACGCUAUACCCAGAACUAGCCAACAUCCGUCGCAGAGCCAAGCGAGGACUAAUCGUCGUUGGUGGACUGACCAGUGUUCACCUCAUUAUUGCCGGCGUCUUAGGUCUGUGGGUCUGGUUCAAUAUUACCAGCUCGACUUUCAGAGGUUCGGAGUGUCUCUCCGAAGCGACCUUUCCUGUAUUUAAUUUUGACGUCCCCAUCACCUCAACAACCCUUCGCCGCGUCUCUCUUGCAGUAUACUUUAUGAUGAUUGUCCCGAUCAUCAAUGUUUACAUUUUUCUUUCGAUAAUUGGUCUCGCUAUUGGUAUCAUCCUCCUCAUACCGAUUUUCGCGAUUCUCUGCUCCUUUACCCUCUGGUUGGACAAAUUACCUGAUGAUCCCAUUGCGUAUGCUCGAGUAAUGCAUCGGUGUUCGGCCGUUCUCGUGCUCAUAGCAUCACUUGCGAGCCAGCUGUAUUUCAUCGUAAACACCGAACAAUUCAUCUCCAGGAACACGUCUUUAGUAGACUCUAGCGAGGGCACAGAGACGGACUGGACGUUUGGUCAGACUCUCGCGAUUGGCAUAAUCGCGUUACCGAUCGUCGAGGUGUAUAAAGCGAUCCGUGACCAGAUUAAACGGGAUAUGCAGAAUCGGAACCCCCAAGACCGGACCUUGAGCCGUGAGGGAACUGGAGGAGACUUUGAGAUGCAGAGGUUGCUUCAUUCGGAUGUGAAGGAGCUGCCUACAAGUAGAAAAAGGGUCGCGAGGAGGAAUUCGGUCUGAAGGUAUAUCACUCGGCUCAUGCCUCUCCUUCUUGUGUCCUAUGUGAUUCAAGUAAACGAAUUUAUUUUAUUUUAGUGACUGGAAUCGGUCGCCUCGCCGCGGGUUUCUACAUCAUUUCUUAAACGCCGAAUCGAGAAGGGUCUUCCCCUUCAGCAUCACCUGCCAUCCUUCGCUCUCGCCAUUGGGCGUAUCUUCCGUUCGUCGCAAUCCAAGGCCGGUGGGGCAUAGAACGAGGCCUUCUGUCUCUCCAGAGUCGUGAGGGUUACGAAAAACAUCGUCCAUGAUCUCCUGCUCAAAUGCCAUUCCGGGCCUCGCAUAGAAUACCUCCCAGUCCUCCAUUACCACGUCCACUCCAAUUAUUCUGUCAAUCGCCAUUGCCAUGUUCAACACAGUACGGAGUUUCUGUUCAAUUAUCUUGAUGAGAUGCGCCUCAUGCUCUUUAUCUCGAAUCCAUUCCGCGAUCAUCAACCGGAUGGAGUCGAACAUAAACUCUCCCGUCCUGUUUUCUAGCAUGUCGUAUUGUGCAUAUUUGCUCUGCGCCUUGGUCAUGAAUCGCCACCUUCCGGCGACAGAAGGCCGUUCUAAAUGGUUAUUCAGUGCACAGUUCAAAUGUAUGCUAGGUACUCGGACCCUUCAAGACUCCAAGAAUUUAUCAAGGUGUGGCAAUGAUGAACCAUAAGGUAUUGUAAACCGCUUUGGAUAAUGGUGUCCAAAUCGUCCGCGCCUGGGUGAUGUGCAAGUGCCGCCAUUAUUUCUUCUCCAAUGAACAGCCUAAGCUCCUUGUCCACUAUCCCAUUCAAUCCACCGUUUGUCGUCAUCGACACUGCCUCGUCGAGAGAGAGAGCGUCUGUAAUAGAAGCGGCGGCUUGGAGAAUCUCCGCAUUCAACGACUCGACCUUACGAAUGAUAUCAGCCCCAGAGGCCGUACGAGUGGAAGUCAAGUAUGUUUGCGCCUCCUGCAGCUCUUUCGUCCGUUGCAGAAGGAGAACUUGGUCCGCCUCGCGUUUCUCCUUGACCUGUUGAAGUUCCAUAUUCUGAUUCUCAUAAUGAAGCUUCAAACGUUUCACUUCUGAUUUCAAAGAGUCGUUGUCCUUCAUCGCCCGAUCGAGCUGUCCCACCUGAUUUUGGAGUGUUUUUAUGGUCGAUUUCGACUCGCGUUGGUCCUUUUGGAGGGUGUCUAUAUCGAGAAUCUUCUGCCUCAGCUCAGUUUGGAGUGCUGUUGUGGUUAUUUUCGACUCGCGUUGUUCUUUUCGGAGGGCGUCGACCUCGUGGGACUUCUGCUCCAGCUGGCUUUGGAGUGAUGUGAUGGUCGAUUUCGAUUCGCAUUGCUCCUUUCGGAGGGCGUCUAGAUCGAGGCCCUUCUGCUCUAUCUGGCCUUGGA